UCUUCCUCUUCGUCUCGACUCGUCGCCCACUACCCCCUCAAAUCCCUCCGAUCCACUCCCCAAACCCCAGGCAAUCCACCAUCAGGGUUAGGGCUUUCCCCUCCCCCCCUCCUCCUCCUCCUCCACCCGCGGCGGCGCGGCCAUGGCCCACGGCGGCGGCGGCGGGAGGGCGAAGGUGACGCCGAACCUGGCGAUGGACGGCGAGGGCACGCGAACGCUCAACCUCACCGUGCUCCAGCGCCUCGACCCCUCCGUCGAGGACAUCCUCAUCACCGCCGCGCACGUCACGCUCUACGAUUUCGACACCGACAUCAACCAGUGGAGCCGGAAGGACGUGGAGGGGUCGCUCUUCGUCGUCAAGAGGAAUGCUCAACCUAGAUUCCAGUUCAUUGUCAUGAAUCGCCGAAAUACAGAUAAUCUAGUUGAAGAUCUCUUAGGAGAUUUUGAAUACCAGCUUCAAGUUCCUUAUAUAAUGUACCGCAAUGCUGCACAAGAAGUUAUUGGAAUUUGGUUUUAUAACUCCCAGGAGUGUCAAGAAGUUGCAAAUCUUUUUAGCAGGAUAUUGAAUGCAUUCUCCAAGGUGCCUCCAAAGCCAAAGAUUCCUUCUAUUGAAAGUGAAUAUGAAGAGCUGGAAGCAGCACCUGCUUUGGUAGAAGGUCCUCUAGAACCGCCAACAUCAAAUAUCAUAUCAACUACUACCCAUGUCCAAGAGGAUCCCUUGUCUGCAUUCUUCAGUCAGGCAGCUGCAAAUGCUGGUGGCAGCUCCGGUGUAGUAGUCGCAGGACAGCCAAAUCAAUCUUUUAGUGCCACUCCUUUGUCUACACAUGCACCAACAAGUAUCACCACAUCACAGUCGCCAGCCUUGCAUCAUUUGCUUCCUUCUCAAACUUCAUCAGCUUCUGGGAUACCCACCGAUGUUCAUGGUGGCACUGGCCCUAUAGUGAGGUCCACUAACCUUGUAAAUCCAUCACUUUUUUCACCAUUGACGUCUUCGCAGACAACAAUGGUGCCCGGUAAUUAUGUAGUGCCAACUGCUCCACCUCAACAUCCUCGUACCACUCAGCAGCCGCAAAGUGCUCCCUUGCUUCACCCCUUCCCAUUACCUACAGCUUCACCUUCUCCACCGUAUGGGACACCAUUACUUCAACCGUUUCCACCACCAAAUCCAUCUCCGUCUCUUGCAUCAGCACCAGUCUACCCCCCAGUGUUGUCCAGAGACAUAGUCAGAGAUGCAUUACUGAGACUUGUUCAGAAUGACGAAUUCAUCGAUUUAGUCUACCAGGAGAUCGUGAACAAUAAUUAAUUUUCAAGGGACAAUCAUCUCCAACAGGCUUCGUUUAUGUUUGGACUCUUGUUAUCUGUUGUCAUGCCUGCAAUUCUAGUUAUAAAAGACACGCUGCUGUAAAUUUAUUGGUUGAAGUCCAUAGGCUUAAAUCCUCCAUUGGCGGAGUUUGUUUUAAUGUGCUUUCUAUAUAUCUGUAAAUGCUAGCGAAAUCUAUCUGCACUGUGGAAUGUCAUGUGAUGUAUUCUUGGUGCAGAAUAGUUUUGCUCCAAACAUAUAUGUGGCAGCUUUCGCCUCAUCAAUUUUUGGAAGCUAGUUUUUUUCUA